GGCAGGGGGCGGCAACAUGGCGGAGUGAGCGGCGGCGUCGGGGCUUCACAACAACAGUGGCGCCCGUAGCAGCGGCGGCAGCAGCGUCAAUAGCAUCGGCCACAGCCUGAGCUUCAGCACCGGCCAGCGUCGUGGCCAGCUGCUCGCGUCCUAGGGCUUCUCGGAGCGGCGGCAGCAUCUCCGCGGGGGGCGGGCCGGGCCGGACGGACCGGGAGAGGGAGAGAGCAGAGGCAGCGGCGGCGGCAGCGGCAGCGGCACACCUGCUGGGCGGGCACGGCCGCUUGCCCGGCAGCGGUUAGCGGUACCGCCACCGCCGAGAAUAAGCCUGCGGAUCCCCCGCCGCCUCCGCGGGGGAGAGCGCCGGAGCGGGCCGGGCUGAGACGCAGGCGGGGAGCGGGCCCGGCGCGGCGGCGCUGGUGGAUGCUGGGGCUCCGAGGCGACGGCCGGGGGGCGGGGGCCGAGGCAGGUAUAACGGUACCGGCGGCGGCAGCGCCGCUGCUCUUCCCUUCUCCUCAGGAGGGGGGCCAAUGGCUAGCGAGAAGCCGGGCCCAGGCCCGGGGCUCGAGCCUCAGCCCGUGGGGCUCAUUGCCGUCGGGGCCGCUGGCGGAGGCGGCGGGGGCAGCGGCGGUGGCGGCACCGGGGGCAGCGGGAUGGGGGAGCUAAGGGGGGCGUCCGGCUCCGGCUCGGUGAUGCUCCCCGCGGGGAUGAUUAACCCUUCGGUGCCGAUCCGCAACAUCCGGAUGAAAUUCGCAGUGUUGAUUGGACUCAUACAGGUCGGAGAGGUCAGCAACAGGGACAUCGUGGAGACGGUGCUCAACCUGCUGGUUGGUGGAGAAUUUGACUUGGAGAUGAACUUUAUUAUCCAGGAUGCUGAGAGUAUAACAUGCAUGACAGAGCUUUUGGAGCACUGUGAUGUAACAUGUCAAGCAGAAAUAUGGAGCAUGUUUACAGCCAUUCUACGAAAAAGUGUUCGGAAUUUACAGACUAGCACAGAAGUUGGGCUAAUUGAACAAGUAUUGCUGAAAAUGAGUGCAGUAGAUGACAUGAUAGCAGAUCUUCUAGUUGAUAUGUUGGGGGUUCUUGCCAGCUACAGCAUCACUGUCAAGGAGUUGAAGCUUUUGUUCAGCAUGCUUCGAGGAGAAAGUGGAAUCUGGCCAAGACAUGCAGUAAAAUUAUUAUCAGUUCUUAAUCAGAUGCCACAGAGACACGGUCCUGAUACUUUUUUCAAUUUCCCUGGUUGUAGUGCUGCGGCAAUUGCCUUGCCUCCUAUUGCAAAGUGGCCUUAUCAGAAUGGCUUCACCUUAAACACUUGGUUUCGUAUGGAUCCAUUAAAUAACAUUAAUGUCGAUAAGGAUAAACCUUAUCUUUAUUGUUUUCGUACUAGCAAAGGAGUUGGUUACUCCGCUCAUUUUGUUGGCAACUGUUUAAUAGUCACAUCAUUGAAGUCCAAAGGAAAAGGUUUUCAGCAUUGUGUGAAAUAUGAUUUUCAGCCACGCAAGUGGUACAUGAUCAGCAUUGUCCACAUUUACAAUCGAUGGAGGAACAGUGAAAUUCGGUGUUAUGUUAAUGGACAGCUGGUAUCUUAUGGUGAUAUGGCUUGGCAUGUUAACACAAAUGAUAGCUAUGACAAGUGCUUUCUUGGAUCAUCAGAAACUGCUGAUGCAAAUAGGGUAUUCUGUGGUCAACUUGGUGCCGUGUAUGUGUUCAGUGAAGCACUCAACCCAGCACAGAUAUUUGCAAUUCAUCAGUUAGGACCUGGAUAUAAGAGUACCUUCAAGUUUAAAUCUGAGAGUGAUAUUCAUUUGGCAGAACAUCAUAAACAGGUUUUAUAUGAUGGAAAACUUGCAAGUAGCAUUGCCUUUACAUAUAAUGCUAAGGCCACUGAUGCUCAACUCUGCCUGGAAUCAUCACCAAAAGAGAAUGCAUCAAUUUUUGUGCAUUCCCCACAUGCUCUAAUGCUUCAGGAUGUGAAAGCGAUAGUAACACAUUCAAUUCAUAGUGCAAUUCAUUCAAUUGGAGGGAUUCAAGUGCUUUUUCCACUUUUUGCCCAAUUGGAUAAUCGGCAGCUCAACGACAGUCAAGUGGAAACAACUGUCUGUGCUACUCUUUUGGCAUUCCUGGUUGAACUACUUAAAAGUUCAGUAGCCAUGCAAGAACAGAUGCUGGGUGGAAAAGGCUUUUUAGUCAUUGGCUACUUACUUGAAAAGUCAUCAAGAGUUCAUAUAACUAGAGCUGUCUUGGAGCAAUUUUUGUCUUUUGCAAAAUACCUUGAUGGUUUAUCUCAUGGAGCACCUUUGCUGAAGCAGCUUUGUGAUCACAUUUUAUUUAACCCAGCCAUCUGGAUACAUACACCUGCAAAGGUUCAACUUUCCCUAUACACAUAUUUGUCUGCUGAAUUUAUUGGAACUGCUACCAUCUACACGACCAUACGCAGAGUAGGAACAGUAUUACAGCUAAUGCACACCUUAAAAUAUUACUACUGGGUUAUUAAUCCUGCUGACAGUAGUGGCAUUACACCUAAAGGAUUAGAUGGUCCCCGGCCAUCACAAAAAGAAAUUAUAUCACUGAGGGCAUUUAUGCUACUUUUUCUGAAACAGCUCAUACUGAAGGAUCGAGGGGUCAAGGAAGAUGAACUUCAGAGUAUAUUAAAUUACCUACUUACGAUGCAUGAGGAUGAAAAUAUUCAUGAUGUGCUACAGUUACUAGUGGCUUUAAUGUCAGAACACCCAGCCUCAAUGAUACCAGCAUUUGAUCAAAGAAAUGGAAUAAGGGUGAUCUACAAAUUACUGGCUUCUAAAAGUGAAAGUAUUUGGGUUCAAGCUUUGAAGGUUCUGGGAUACUUUCUGAAGCAUUUAGGUCACAAGAGAAAAGUUGAAAUUAUGCACACCCAUAGUCUUUUCACUCUUCUUGGAGAAAGGCUGAUGUUGCAUACAAACACUGUGACUGUCACCACAUACAACACACUUUAUGAGAUCUUGACAGAGCAAGUAUGUACUCAGGUCGUACACAAACCACAUCCAGAGCCAGAUUCUACAGUGAAAAUUCAGAAUCCAAUGAUUCUUAAAGUGGUGGCAACUUUGUUAAAAAACUCUACACCAAGCGCAGAGCUGAUGGAAGUUCGUCGUUUAUUUUUAUCGGAUAUGAUAAAACUUUUCAGUAACAGCCGUGAAAAUAGAAGAUGCUUAUUGCAGUGUUCAGUGUGGCAGGAUUGGAUGUUUUCUCUUGGCUAUAUCAAUCCUAAAAAUUCUGAGGAACAGAAGAUUACUGAAAUGGUCUACAAUAUCUUCCGGAUUCUUUUGUAUCAUGCAAUAAAAUAUGAAUGGGGAGGCUGGAGAGUCUGGGUGGAUACGCUGUCAAUAGCCCAUUCCAAGGUCACUUAUGAAGCUCAUAAGGAAUACCUAGCCAAAAUGUAUGAAGAAUAUCAAAGACAAGAAGAGGAAAACAUUAAAAAAGGAAAGAAAGGGAAUGUGAGCACCAUCUCUGGUCUUUCAUCACAAACAACGGGAGCAAAAGGUGGAAUGGAAAUUCGAGAGAUAGAAGAUCUUUCACAAAGCCAGAGCCCAGAAAGUGAGACCGAUUACCCUGUCAGCACAGAUACUCGAGACUUACUCAUGUCAACAAAAGUGUCAGAUGAUAUUCUUGGAAAUUCAGAUAGACCAGGAAGUGGUGUACAUGUGGAAGUACAUGAUCUUUUAGUAGACAUAAAAGCAGAGAAAGUGGAAGCAACAGAAGUAAAGCUCGAUGAUAUGGAUUUAUCACCAGAGACUUUAGUAGGUGGAGAGAAUGGUGCCCUUGUGGAGGUUGAAUCUCUGUUAGAUAAUGUGUAUAGUGCUGCUGUUGAGAAACUCCAGAACAAUGUACAUGGAAGUGUUGGUAUCAUUAAAAAAAAUGAAGAAAAGGAUAAUGGUCCGUUGAUAACAUUAGCAGAUGAGAAAGAAGACCUUCCCAAUAGUAGUACAUCAUUUCUCUUUGAUAAAAUACCCAAACAGGAAGAAAAACUACUUCCUGAACUUUCUAGCAAUCACAUUAUUCCAAAUAUUCAGGACACACAAGUACAUCUUGGUGUUAGUGAUGAUCUUGGAUUGCUUGCUCACAUGACUGGUAGUGUAGACUUAACUUGUGCAUCUAGUAUAAUAGAAGAAAAAGAGUUCAAAAUCCAUACAACUUCAGAUGGAAUGAGCAGUAUUUCUGAAAGAGACUUAGCGUCAUCAACUAAGGGGCUGGAGUAUGCUGAAAUGACUGCUACAACUCUGGAAACUGAGUCUUCUAGUAGCAAAAUUGUACCAAAUAUUGAUGCAGGAAGUAUAAUUUCAGAUACUGAAAGGUCUGACGAUGGCAAAGAAUCAGGAAAAGAAAUCCGAAAAAUCCAAACAACUACUACGACACAAGCUGUGCAGGGUCGGUCUAUCACCCAACAAGACCGAGAUCUCCGAGUUGAUUUAGGAUUUCGAGGAAUGCCAAUGACUGAAGAACAGCGGCGCCAGUUUAGCCCAGGUCCACGGACUACAAUGUUUCGUAUUCCUGAGUUUAAAUGGUCUCCAAUGCACCAGCGGCUUCUCACUGAUUUGCUAUUUGCAUUAGAAACCGACGUACAUGUCUGGAGGAGCCAUUCCACAAAGUCUGUAAUGGAUUUUGUCAAUAGCAAUGAAAAUAUUAUUUUUGUACAUAACACAAUUCACCUCAUUUCCCAAAUGGUAGACAACAUCAUCAUUGCUUGUGGAGGAAUUUUACCUUUGCUCUCUGCUGCUACAUCACCAACUGGUUCUAAGACGGAAUUGGAAAAUAUUGAAGUGACACAAGGCAUGUCAGCUGAGACAGCCGUAACUUUCCUCAGCCGGCUGAUGGCUAUGGUUGAUGUACUUGUGUUUGCAAGCUCUCUAAAUUUUAGUGAGAUUGAAGCUGAGAAAAAUAUGUCUUCUGGAGGUUUAAUGCGACAGUGCCUGAGAUUAGUUUGUUGUGUUGCUGUGAGAAACUGUUUAGAAUGUCGGCAAAGACAGAGAGACAGGGGAAAUAAAUCUUCCCAUGGAAGCAGUAAACCUCAGGAAGUUCCCCAAAGUGUGACUGCCACAGCAGCUUCGAAGACUCCAUUGGAAAAUGUUCCAGGUAACCUUUCUCCUAUUAAGGAUCCUGAUAGACUUCUUCAGGAUGUUGAUAUCAAUCGCCUUCGUGCUGUUGUCUUUCGGGAUGUGGAUGAUAGCAAACAGGCACAGUUCUUAGCUCUGGCUGUUGUUUACUUCAUUUCGGUUCUGAUGGUUUCCAAGUAUCGUGACAUAUUAGAACCUCAGAGAGAGACUACAAGAACUGGAAGCCAACCAGGUAGAAACAUCAGACAAGAAAUAAAUUCACCAACAAGUACAGUUGUGGUCAUACCAUCUAUCCCUCAUCCAAGUUUGAACCAUGGAUUCCUUGCCAAGUUAAUUCCUGAGCAGAGCUUUGGCCACUCAUUUUACAAAGAAACACCUGCUGCAUUUCCAGACACUAUAAAAGAAAAGGAAACACCAACUCCUGGUGAAGAUAUUCAGCCAGAAAGUUCAAUUCCCCAUACAGAUUCAGGAAUUGGAGAGGAGCAAGUGGCUACCAUUCUGAAUGGGGCAGAAUUAGAAGCAAGUACAGGCCCUGAUGCCAUGAGUGAACUCUUAUCCACUUUGUCAUCCGAAGUGAAGAAAUCACAAGAGAGCUUAACUGAAAAUCCCAGUGAAACAUUGAAGCCUGCACCAUCCAUAUCUAGCAUUAGUCAAACCAAAGGCAUCAAUGUCAAGGAAAUACUGAAAAGUCUUGUGGCUGCUCCAGUUGAAAUUGCAGAAUGUGGCCCUGAACCUAUCCCAUACCCAGAUCCAGCGUUGAAGAGAGAAGCACAAGCUAUUCUUCCUAUGCAGUUUCAUUCCUUUGACAGGAGUGUUGUGGUGCCUGUAAAGAAGCCACCUCCAGGUAGUUUAGCUGUAACCACUGUGGGAGCCACUACUGCUGGAAGUGGGCUGCCAACAGGCAGUACCUCUAAUAUAUUUGCUGCUACUGGAGCUACACCAAAAAGUAUGAUUAAUACAACAGGUGCCGUGGAUUCAGGGUCCUCCUCCUCUUCCUCCUCUUCUAGUUUUGUGAAUGGUGCUACCAGCAAAAACCUUCCAGCUGUACAAACAGUUGCUCCAAUGCCAGAAGAUUCAGCUGAAAAUAUGAGCAUCACUGCAAAACUUGAAAGAGCUUUAGAAAAAGUUGCUCCUCUUCUUCGUGAAAUUUUUGUAGACUUUGCCCCAUUCCUAUCUCGUACACUUCUUGGCAGUCAUGGACAAGAGCUAUUGAUAGAAGGCCUUGUUUGUAUGAAGUCCAGCACAUCUGUGGUUGAGCUUGUUAUGCUGCUUUGUUCUCAGGAAUGGCAAAACUCUAUUCAGAAGAAUGCAGGACUUGCAUUUAUUGAGCUCAUCAAUGAAGGAAGAUUACUGUGCCAUGCUAUGAAGGACCAUAUAGUUCGUGUUGCAAAUGAAGCUGAGUUUAUUUUGAACAGACAGAGAGCUGAAGAUGUACAUAAACAUGCAGAGUUUGAGUCACAGUGUGCCCAGUAUGCUGCUGAUAGAAGAGAGGAAGAAAAGAUGUGUGACCAUCUGAUCAGUGCUGCGAAACAUCGAGACCACGUAACAGCAAAUCAGCUGAAACAGAAGAUUCUCAAUAUUCUCACAAAUAAACAUGGUGCUUGGGGAGCAGUUUCUCAUAGCCAAUUGCAUGAUUUCUGGCGUUUGGAUUACUGGGAAGAUGAUCUUCGUCGAAGGAGACGAUUUGUUCGCAAUGCGUUUGGCUCCACUCAUGCUGAGGCAUUGCUCAAAGCUGCAAUAGAAUAUGGCACGGAAGAAGAUGUAGUAAAGUCAAAGAAAACAUUCAGAAGUCAAGCAAUAGUGAACCAGAAUGCAGAGACAGAACUUAUGCUGGAAGGAGACGAUGAUGCAGUCAGUCUACUACAGGAGAAAGAAAUUGACAACCUUGCAGGCCCAGUGGUUCUCAGCACCCCUGCCCAGCUCAUCGCUCCCGUGGUGGUGGCCAAGGGGACUCUCUCCAUCACCACGACAGAAAUCUACUUCGAGGUAGAUGAGGAUGAUUCCGCCUUCAAGAAGAUCGACACUAAAGUUCUUGCGUACACUGAGGGACUUCACGGAAAAUGGAUGUUCAGCGAGAUACGAGCUGUAUUUUCAAGACGUUACCUUCUGCAAAACACUGCUUUGGAAGUAUUUAUGGCAAACCGAACCUCAGUUAUGUUUAAUUUCCCUGAUCAAGCAACAGUAAAAAAAGUUGUCUAUAGCUUGCCUCGGGUUGGAGUAGGGACCAGCUAUGGUUUGCCACAAGCCAGGAGGAUAUCAUUGGCCACUCCUCGACAGCUUUAUAAAUCUUCCAAUAUGACUCAGCGCUGGCAAAGAAGGGAAAUUUCAAACUUCGAAUAUUUGAUGUUCCUUAAUACUAUUGCAGGACGGACAUAUAAUGAUCUGAACCAAUAUCCAGUAUUUCCGUGGGUGUUAACCAACUACGAAUCAGAAGAAUUGGACCUGACUCUUCCAGGAAACUUCAGGGAUCUAUCAAAGCCAAUUGGUGCUUUGAACCCAAAGAGAGCUGUGUUUUACGCAGAGCGUUAUGAGACGUGGGAAGAUGAUCAAAGCCCACCCUACCAUUAUAAUACCCAUUAUUCAACAGCAACAUCUACUUUAUCCUGGCUUGUUCGAAUUGAACCUUUCACAACCUUCUUCCUCAAUGCAAAUGAUGGAAAAUUUGAUCAUCCAGAUCGAACCUUCUCGUCCGUUGCAAGGUCUUGGAGAACUAGUCAGAGAGAUACUUCUGAUGUAAAGGAACUAAUUCCAGAGUUCUACUACCUACCAGAGAUGUUUGUCAACAGUAAUGGAUAUAGUCUUGGAGUCAGAGAAGAUGAAGUAGUGGUAAAUGAUGUUGAUCUUCCCCCUUGGGCAAAAAAACCUGAAGACUUUGUGCGGAUCAACAGGAUGGCCCUAGAAAGUGAAUUUGUUUCUUGCCAACUUCAUCAGUGGAUCGACCUUAUAUUUGGCUAUAAGCAGCGAGGACCAGAAGCAGUUCGUGCUCUGAAUGUUUUUCACUACUUGACUUAUGAAGGCUCUGUGAAUCUGGAUAGCAUCACUGAUCCUGUGCUCAGGGAGGCCAUGGAGGCACAGAUACAGAACUUUGGACAGACGCCAUCUCAGUUGCUUAUUGAGCCACAUCCGCCUCGGAGCUCUGCCAUGCACCUGUGUUUCCUUCCACAGAGUCCACUCAUGUUUAAAGAUCAGAUGCAACAGGAUGUGAUAAUGGUGCUGAAGUUCCCUUCAAAUUCUCCAGUAACCCAUGUGGCAGCCAACACCCUGCCCCACUUGACCAUCCCCGCAGUGGUGACAGUGACUUGCAGCCGACUGUUUGCAGUGAACAGAUGGCACAACACAGUAGGCCUCAGAGGAGCUCCAGGAUACUCCUUGGAUCAAGCCCACCAUCUUCCCAUUGAAAUGGAUCCAUUAAUUGCCAAUAAUUCUGGUGUAAACAAACGGCAGAUCACAGACCUCGUUGACCAGAGUAUACAAAUCAAUGCACAUUGUUUUGUGGUCACAGCAGAUAAUCGCUAUAUUCUUAUCUGUGGAUUCUGGGAUAAGAGCUUCAGAGUUUAUUCUACAGAAACAGGGAAAUUGACUCAGAUUGUAUUUGGCCAUUGGGAUGUGGUCACGUGCUUGGCCAGGUCCGAGUCAUACAUUGGUGGAGAUUGCUACAUCGUGUCCGGAUCUCGAGAUGCCACCCUGCUGCUCUGGUACUGGAGUGGGCGGCACCAUAUCAUAGGAGACAACCCUAACAGCAGUGACUAUCCUGCACCAAGAGCCGUCCUCACAGGCCAUGACCAUGAGGUUGUCUGUGUUUCUGUCUGUGCAGAACUUGGGCUUGUUAUCAGUGGUGCUAAAGAGGGCCCUUGCCUUGUCCACACCAUCACUGGAGAUUUGCUGAGAGCCCUUGAAGGACCAGAAAACUGCUUAUUCCCACGCUUGAUUUCUGUCUCCAGCGAAGGCCAUUGUAUCAUAUACUAUGAACGAGGGCGAUUCAGCAAUUUCAGCAUUAAUGGGAAACUUUUGGCUCAAAUGGAGAUCAAUGAUUCAACACGGGCCAUUCUCCUGAGCAGUGAUGGCCAGAACCUGGUCACCGGAGGGGACAAUGGGGUAGUAGAGGUCUGGCAGGCCUGUGACUUCAAGCAACUGUACAUUUACCCUGGAUGUGAUGCCGGCAUUAGAGCAAUGGACUUGUCCCAUGACCAGAGGACUCUGAUCACUGGCAUGGCUUCUGGUAGCAUUGUAGCUUUUAAUAUAGAUUUUAAUCGGUGGCAUUAUGAGCAUCAGAACAGAUACUGAAGAUAAAGAACCAAAAGCCAAGUUAAAGCUGAGAGCACAAGUGCUGCAUGGAAAGGCAAUAUCUCUGGUGGGAAAAACUCGUCCGCAUCGACCUCCGUUUGUGCAUUCCAUCACACCCAGCAAUAGCUGUACAUUGUAGUCAGCAACAUUUUACUUUGUGUGUUUUUUCACGACUGAACACCAGCUGCUAUCAAGCAAGCUUAUAUCAUGUAAAUUAUAUGAAUUAGGAGAUGUUUUGGUAAUUAUUUCAUAUAUUGUUGUUUAUUGAGAAAAGGUUGUAGGACGUGUCACAAGAGACUUUUGACAAUUCUGAGGAACCUUGUGUCCAGUUGUUACAAAGUUUAAGCUUUGAACCUAACCUGCAUCCCAUUUCCAGCCUCUUUUCAAGCUGAGAAAAAAAAAAAAAAAAAAAAAAACACACGUUUGAUACUUUGUACAUCAGAUGCAUCUUAUUUAAAAGGAAUACUUUUGUAAAAGUAAAACCUUGUAUAAAGAACAAAAUGUUUCUUAAUUUUAUUGUGGAGUUACAACUUGCAUGUUCCUUACUCCUGAUGGCUUGAUGGAACAGGUGCAUUCACACUAUGAAACAGAAAGAUCUGUCCAAGGACACAGCUUGUAUGAAAGGAUUGAAUUUGGGCUCCAUCAGUAAUUUUUGACAUUUUCACCAAAAUAUAGUUUGCACUUUUUAAUCUAAAUUUAUCCCUUCUGAGUGAAAUUUGCUCAUAAAGCAUUUGGAUACUAAGCCAUUAUUUGCCAUUUUGGGUACUUUAUACAAAGAAAAUUCAGCCCUACCCUGCAUAAUUUGAAGACACAGCAGAAAGGGGGCUUAGGGAUGAGGUCCUGGUUUUUCUUAUAUAAAUAGGAGUUAUGAGCGUUAGUUCUGUAGUAAUAACUUCCCAGCACCUGCACAUCUCUUCCAGAGUCAUCCCACUGGCUUGGUGUGUAUACAUCAGGGGAGGAUAAUCUGAUGCUAACUCUUUUUUUUUUCUCUUUGGUUCUUGAAUAGCUUAGUUUCUUUAAUAACAAGUCAGACUUUAUUACAACAAUAAACUGAAGUUAUUCUUUUAGGUUCUCGUGAAAUUCUCACCGAAAGCCACAUUCUUAGCCUAAGGCACUUCAUCUUUUAUGAUAUAAAAUGAUGGCUAUCAAAUGAUUUUCCAUACAUUGUACUGAUCAAGUUAUACACCCAGGGGUAUAUACACUUUCUUCAUGUUUCUUCUUUGUAUAUUUGGUGACUGUAUCGUCAUAGAUGUACAUAUUGUGUCGGUAGGGCUAUGAGGCAUGUUACAGGAAUGUAAUUUUCUCAGAAUUUACACUCACUUGCAGUCAUUUAUUUAAAAAGAUAAAACAAGAUAAUGGGUUCUUUGUAUUGGCACUUUGCACCAGAAACAUAUCAUUAUUUAUUGAUGUGAUUACUUAUUUGUUAUCCACCUUGUACUAGUGAGUUUUAGCACUGAAUUCCUUCUUCAUUGUUGUUUGUAUUUAUGAAAUUCUGAAAUUAUGGGGAAUCAGCAUAGUGAUUAAGUUAUUCAUCACCAGGCUGUAAAGCAAUAUCUUGAGUUUGUAGCUUAGAAUCGGGAGGACACUGAACAUCUGGAAGACAAGUCCAUUUCAUCUUGAGAUCAUGGUGAAAUAUUUUGGAUAUAUAAAUUCCUUAAGCUAUUGUAACCAUGUUUUAUUGCAAAGAUGUAAAAUAUGCCAGAUGUGUGUGAGUUGGAAAUCAAAAAAAGAAAAAUAAAAUAUGCAAAGAAUUCA